AUGCGUGCCUUUAUCGUGAUGUGCUUCGUAGCUGUGGCUUGCGCCGACAAAUUGGGAUACAACUACCAACCCGUUGGUCACUCCGGCAGUGGUCUAUCCUUCACUCCUGGUUCAGGAUCCAUUGGUGGUGGUCUUUCUGGAGGCAGCAUUGGCGGUUUCGGCGGUGGUAGCCUUGGAGGUCUUGGUGGUGGUAGCCUCGGCGGUCUCGGUGGUGGUAGCUUCGGUGGUAUCGGCGGUGGUAGCCUCGGUGGUAUCGGUGGUGGUAGCUUCGGUGGUAUCGGCGGUGGUAGCCUCGGUGGUGGCAGCCUCGGUGGCCUCAGUGGUGGUAGCCUCGGUGGUAUCGGUGGUGGCAAUGAUGGUGCUUCUUAUGAAGGUCCCUCAUACACUGCUCCCGCUGAAUUGGAAAAGGAAUUCUACACUUUCUCUGCCCCCGAAGGUGAAUUCGAUGAUGCCAACGCCGCCCAAAAGAUUGCCGGUAGCGUGAAACAAGGUCUCCGUGUCAUCUUCAUCAAGGGCCCCGAAAACAAAGGUCUCGAAAAUGCUGCCCUCGCUUUGGCCAAACAAGCUGCCGAUCAAAAAACUGCCAUCUAUGUCCUCAACAAGCAAGCCGAUAUUGGAGAUUUGGCCAACAAACUCAAUGCCAUCAACAAGAACAGCAACAACAAACCCGAAGUACACUUUGUCAAAUACCGUACCCCUGAAGACGCUGCCAACGCCCAAAAGGCCAUCCAAGGUCAAUACGAUUCUUUGGGAGGUUCUUCUCACUCUCACAAUGGUGGUGUUGCUCCCGUUCUUAACUUCGCCUCUCAAGCUCCCGUCCACUCUGCCCCUGCUGCUCACGCUCCCGGCAACUCCUACUUGCCCUCUUCAGUCUUCCGUAACUAAGAUUUAAUUAGAUUCU